CUCAAAACCCUCUCCACUCACCCAAACUAACAUAUACAUACAAAUACAUGUAUGUAUAUAACCCAUCUCUUCUCCUAUCUUGAUUAUCUGAUUUAUCCGUUCCAAUCUCUAAACAAAGCAUAUCGAUUCAAUAUUCGCAUUGUUUUAGCUAUUAUAUCACUUGCCCAGAUUCUAAUCUGCAAUUUGGGGAAACCUCAUUUGGAUUUUGGGGCUUAUUAGUACGUUUUUUGGUUGGAUUUUAUUUCUGGGAUUUUGUGCUGCAUUUGAUUGAUUUUGUUUGUUUCUCGAGAUGGGAUUUGAUUAAUUUGAUCCACGAUAAAAAAAAAAAAUUGGUUUGGUUGUGGGUGUCUGAGAUAGGUGAACGCAUUUUGCAGGCGAUUUAUUGAUAAAAUCUGUGAUUUUGGCCGGUGGGUAUGCAUGAAAAUUAGGGCUUUUCUAGAACAUGCUCACUCUGCGACUGAUUCGCAGGUUUGGCGCCGUGCACCGUAAUCUGGCCACCGCAGCUGUUUCUUCAUCCGUUAAUAAAGUUAUCUCCGCCAGCAGUAGUGCUGGAAAACCUAGUUCAGUAGAUGAGCCUGCAUUGGUUAAGCUAAAGAAGGAAAGGGACCCUGAGAAACUGUUCAAUUUAUUUAAGGCCAAUGCCACAAAUAAGCUUGUUGUUGAGAACCGAUUUGUCUUUGAGGACACAGUCUCUAGGUUAGCUGGGGCGGGCCGGCUUGAUUAUAUCGAGAAUUUGCUUGAGCAUCAGAAGACUCUGCCACAGGGUCGUCGGGAAGGGUUCAUUAUACGAAUAAUUAUGUUGUAUGGGAGGGCUAGAAUGACUAAGCAUGCUGUCAAUACGUUUUGUGACAUGCAUUUGUAUGGUUGUGUGAGGACUGUUAAGUCAUUCAAUGCUGCUUUGAAGGUAUUGACUGAAUCUCGGGAUUUACAGGCGAUUAAUUGGUUUCUAAAUGAUGUUCCUGCUAGAUUUGGAAUUGUGCUAGAUGCAUAUUCUUUUAAUAUUGUUAUCAAGGGUUUAUGUGAAAUGGGUAUACUGGAUAAGGCGUUUCUUGUCAUGGCUGGGAUGGGAAAAUGGGGACUAGCUCCUGAUGUUUUUACAUACACCUUGCUUAUAGAGGCCUCUUACAAGUCGAACUGGCCAGAGAUUGCGAAUGGAUUGUGGAGCCGGAUGGUAUUAAAAGGUUGUCUUCCCAAUAUUGCGACCUUCAAUGUGAGGAUUCAAUACUUGGUGAAUAAGGGGCGUACAUGGGAUGCUAAUAAGUUGUUGGAUUACAUGCGGAGAUUGAAGAAAUCUCCUGAGUUUCCUGAUGAGAUCACAUAUAAUUUGGUGAUCAAAGGUUUCUGCAAAAUGGGAAAUCUAAAAAUGGCUAUGUAUGUGUAUUCUGCUUUUAGGAGUGAGGGCUACAAGCCAAAUCAAAAAAUUUACCAAACCUUGAUCCAUUAUUUCUGUGAAGCAAGAGAAAUCGACAUGGCAUACAACAUGUGUAAACAAAGUAUGGAGAAUAACUGGUAUCCUAGUGUGGGCACCAUCAACAAGCUGAUCGACGGCCUGGUCAGAGAUGGAAAACUUGAGAAGAUUGAUAAGGCAAAGCAUAUCUAUAGUCUUGCUUUGAAAAGGAAACCUCCUUUUAAUUCGGCUCAAAUUGAAUUCAUGAAAUCCUUAGUAUCAAGGAAAUGAACUAAUUUAUUGGACGGGUCAACCGUCUCAUAGGGAGGUAAUUUGAUUGAUUGGUUGCAGAGCAAGGUCAAUUGGAGCCUUGCCUUUGAGAUACUACCUCUGGUGACUGCAUGUAAUUUCUUCAGUCCGAUUCUGGUUCUGCCCGAAUGAGUUAUUAGUGAUGUGAAAGCUCUAAGAAGUCGCAUUCACUAAGUCGUUUGAGCUGAUUGCCGGAUGCAGCAGGUGACUUUCCAUUGAUUAUGCUGAAGCUCCAACAGUUGGUAAAUUGAAGGGCUAGACUAAUUGUUUAAUUCAGCUGUUUGCUGCAUGUUAGUUUAGAAGAAUAUGUAGGAACGAGUUAGAGUAGGUUGCCAGAGUGAGCAUGAGGGAGGACAAAACAGGGUGCUUUUUGUUUUGUAUUCACAUCCUAUUCAUAUGCGUUAAAUCUCUGAAAUAUACUAACUGCACUAGUCUUACAAGCUAGGUUGUAUUAGUGCCUCCGGUUGCUUUGAGGAACUCCCUUUUGCUGAUGUUCCCUGUUGAAUUCUAAUGCACACUUGGCAAGCUUAACAUGAUUGAACU